AUGGCCGACUCACCUGCUUCCUCAGACCUCUCCGAUCCCCCGUCGGCAGAGUCAGACAACUACGAUCAGCUCAGCACCGCCGUUCCCUCCUCGCGGCCCAGUGUCGACAUCACCCAUACCGAUGGAGAUCACCUCGCGCCGCCCUCCAAGAAGCGAAAGACCGGACCAUCAUCCAUGGCCAUACUGGAUCGCGCGCCUUCCUCGCAGCCCGAACAAGAAGACGACAACAUCAGCUUAUCCGAAGACGGCUGGAGCAGCGCGCCGGGAUCGCCCAACGACGACGAAUAUGUCCUUCGCGAUCAGGCGCAAACGCAAUGCCUGUGGCGCGAUUGCGAUUUCGGUUCGGCGGAGAAUAACGACGAGCUCGUGAAGCAUGUGCAAGGCACCCAUUGCGCGACAGGUGGACCUAAGAAGACGAAGUACGUCUGUGAAUGGGGAGAGUGCCAGCGCAAGGCGAGCAACCAUCCGAGCGGGUACGCUUUGAAGGCACAUAUGCGUAGUCAUACCAAGGAGAAGCCUUAUUACUGCCACUUACCAGGUAAGCAAAGGUACAGUUGGGGGAACCGCGAUCAAGAGCUAAUCAAUAUGUACAGAAUGCGACAAGGCGUUUACACGUUCCGAUGCUCUCGCGAAACAUACUCGCACUGUUCACGAGCCUGAGCCGUCCAAGCAAGUCUCGUCGGCAGACGCUACACCGUCCGGCAAGAAGGGCCUCAAAAUAAAACAGGCCAAUGGGAGCGGCAAGCCUCUACCGAACACCGCAGAAACCGGCCCUACACACGACGAGGAUGGGAAUCCAAUCGAUCCUUCACCCCCGAACGACAACAUUACAUAUAUUCCUGCACACCACCCGAUUACAGGCCAACCCGGCUUUAUGAUCCAUUAUCCUCCUGACAUCCACUUCACCGCAUGGGAGAGUAGCAUACCAGCUGAUCAGCUGAUGAGAUUGUUGCGGCGGCAAUUACAUUGGGCGCAACAGGAGGGCGACGAAGUGAAGAAGGAAGUCGAAGAGCUAGAGCAGCAGAAACGCGAAGAAUGGACACUCAAGGAGAUCCUGCUGGAAGGCCUGAUGGAGGCUGAGCUCUCCAAGGCAGAGAGAUCACACAUGCUGAAGAACGUGGACUCCAGAGUUAGGGACACGAUGGAGCGAGACGUGCAGUACGCGAAAGAGCUCGAAUGGACAGGUGGUGAGCCAGAAUGGCGCAGAGCUCGGCCUCUACGACAAUCGACUGAUGACGAUGUUGAGAUGAGAAUGUCGCCAACGACUGGCGUCCCGGGAGGGUUUGACGGUGAAGCUGAUCCGUACGACAACUACCUCGCUGAAAUGACUUCGAGAUAUGAGGAGCUGGAACGGCAGAGGAACACGCCGAACAAAGCAGCGGCACAACAGCAGCAAGCGGCAGAAGCGGAUGCCGUGGGCGCUCUUAUUGGCAUGAGCGGACAGUCCUGA